GAUGAACACACACACACACACACACACACUCUCUCUGCUCACACACACAUCUUCAUCUCCUCAGAGAAAAAUCAGCUAAAAUCAAAGAUGGGGAAAAUUAACGGAUGCCUCAAAUGUCUCUUCAUCUUCUUCAACGUCGUCUUUGCAAUUGUAGGAUGUGUCCUCGUCUACGGGACAGUGAAGGCCACGGCCUACAGUGCCCAGAUGUCGGCGUUCGGAAGUCCUGGCCUUGGUUGGGCGUGGGUGUUUGCCAUCGGAGUUCUUGGAAUCUCCUGCCUUGGAAUCUAUGCAGCCUGCUCCGAGAAACCGCUUGCCCUGAAGAUCUUUGCAGGCUUCAUGGGGGUCGGAAUGCUCAUCACCAUGAUCUUUGGCAUCAUAAUGGUUGUGACAAGAAACAGGAUCAGAGAGCAGUUUAACAGCGCCUCUGCCGAGCUCACUAACGUCUUCAUGGACAACCCCGACCUGAAAAGGACUCUUGACGCACUGCAGGAAUCUGCCCAGUGCUGUGGCGUGGUGAGUGCUUCAGACUGGGGCAGUGACAUCCCUGCGUCCUGUGAGUGCAAGUCUUCAUACGGAAAUGACAGGUUCACGCCAUUUUCAAGUGGGAAAUGUAAAGCCAGACCUCAGGGAACCACAGGCCCCGCCCAGAUUUAUGAAGAGUCCUGCAGCGUUUUCUUCAUGUCAAUCAUCAACUUGCUCUUCAACAUCCUCAUGGGCUUCUUCUUUGCGUGCGCAGUCACCGCACUUCUGGGUCUGCUGAUCUCCCUGCUGAUGAUCCACCAGGUGAGACGCCACGACAACGCCGGCGCGGCGUCCAUCGCCAUGAAGGGCUAUUAAAGGCAAACCACCUUUCGACCCCCUCCCCCCCCCCGACCUUUAACCUCCGCACUGUAAUUAGGGGACUCGGUGGUCAAAUUCAUGUCGUCGUAGUUGUUACUAUCUUAAAUGUAAUAAAUCCUGUCCUGUAUGAAGAACGAUGUAGAGGAGGAUGCCGGAGACGGAGCAGAGCGAAGCGCCGAGAGGAAAAUGAUUGUUUUCUUGUAGAAAUUCUGAAUAGCAAACAUAUAUUUUUUUGUGAAGUAUAUACUUUAUCUUUUUUUGUGUUAUUUGAAUGUAAGACGUAUCAUAGAAAUAUCAAGCUUCACACUUCAUAUAUGACUGAAGCUCUUUUAUCCCGAGGAGGUCACAACUGCCACUUUGUUUUUAUUAGCGCGUUCCCGUCGCCACAAACAUCGCAGGAUAAAUAUCAGAACUGGGAAUGACGUCACCCCCCCAUUGCCAUCUAGUUGUCUAAUUUAGUCACUUUAAUAAACGUGUUCAUUGGUUAUUUGAUAUAUAAAAACAGACAUUUCUGCGUGUAAAAACAACAGCUUUAACUCCGCUGAUUCAGCCACCUUGAAUCGCAAACUCGGGGGGAAUGAGGAGUUCAAACAAUUUGAUGAAUCAGUGAGUCAUCUUGUAACUGUGAAACCAUCCAUGACCUCAGAAUGCAGCAGAAACUGUUAGCUUAACACAAAAAAUGAGGUAGCCCGUACCCAGCUAGAUUUGUGGAGACACCAACAAGCUACGAGCGACUCGUCCUGAAUUAUCCAAAUAAAGGCCCUGGUACACUUACACAUCAGGUGUGGAAUGGGUAACGCAGCCCAGAAUUUUGGAACUGCGUGCAAGGAAACGCGUUGGUUGUGCGUGGACGUCGCUUAACAACUUAUAAGCAAUAGCGAGCUACCGUCCCAAAAUUUAGUAUUAACUUUAAAUUCCAAAGGAGAGUUCCAAUGAGUUGAAACCAUCUGGAAUGCCAACUGUAGGGGGCGCUCCGAGUGACACCACCCAGUAGAAUUCUCGACAAUCUCAACGUUAAUUCAGAACACCACGUUUGUCGACCUCCUCGGGUUAAAAUGAUCACAUGAGAAGAGUCACCUAUAUAUGUAAAUAUAUGUAUACGUCUCUGUAAAACCACUUAAGACAUUUACAGUUCCCAUAAGAUGAAGGCCACCGUUUUCACAGUCAGGAACUUUUCUGUUUGAUUUCUUCUGUAGAGAGCGGGUAACGUUGGAAUUAAUCCCAGCAACAUCUGCGGCACUGACAACAACCAAAGUUAGCAUCUCAUCUGUGUUGAAAGUACAAUUUUCCACAAUUUGUAAUCGUAGUGUAAACGUCUCCAGACUUAUACUGAGGAUGAAGCCAUGUGACCGAAACCAAAAUAAAAACAACAUAAAACAUCGA